AUGCUUCGCUCAGCGCUCUUGGCUAGACCCAGAGUCCCACCAUUGCUACCGUCUGUGCAGAAAUCUCCCUUCACAAUCUUAGCCAUCGAGUCCUCAGCAGACGACACCUGUGCAGCCGUCGUAGAUUCUUCAAAGAGAAUCCUCUCAAAUGUUGUCCUCAAGCAGCUCCAUUUGCACGAAAAGUAUGGUGGUAUAGAACCCAUAACUGCCAUUCAAGCCCACCAGAGAAACAUGCCUUUGGCAGUCUCAAGAGCAUUGAAAGAGGCCAACGUCGACAUUGUUCGUGACGUCAACGGGAUAGCCUUCACUCGAGGACCUGGAAUGCCUAGUUGCCUUAGCGUUGGAAUGAAUGCCGCGCAGACACUGGGUGCAGCACUGGGAAAACCUGUUAUUGGGGUACACCACAUGCAAGGUCAUGCGCUCACACCCCUCCUAACCUCAGAUGAAGCCAACAUGCCUCAGUUUCCAUUCCUGACCCUUCUCGUCUCAGGCGGCCACACCCUGAUCCUCCUCGCCGAAAGCAACGACAAGUUUAAAAUCUUAGCCGACACAGCGGACCAGGCCAUCGGUCGCGUCAUCGACAAAGUCACUGCUCUGCUUGCCAUUCCAUGGACAUCUCUGGGACCGGGCGACGCACUGGAAAAGUUCUGUCAGGACGUCCCGGACAGCGAGAAGCUCGUACUCGGGCAACCCGUUAUGCGGGGCAGGAAGGAUUUUUCAUUCUCUGGCCUCCACUCACAAGUGGAACGAUACAUUCAUGCGAAGAAUGGGAUUGAACAGCUGAGUGAAGAUGAAAGGAGAGUUUUGGCUUACUCCUUCCAAGAUUCGGCUUUCUCUCAGUUGGAAGAGAAAAUUCAACUGGCAUUCAGCUGGUGUCAAUCUCAGAGCAUCAACGUCCGCCAUCUGGUGGUCAGCGGAGGGGUGGCCAGCAAUCAGCGAUUGCGACAGCGACUUGAUCAUUGUUUGAGCCGUAUGGACCCAGACAACCCCAUCCAGGCUGUUUUUCCCCCACCAAAUCUUUGCACCGACAACGCGGUGAUGAUUGCAUGGGCGUCUAUGCACCGAUUCUUAGCCGGCGAGUCCGACAGCUACGAUCUUAAUCUAAGGGCAAAAUGGAGUAUUGAAGACCUGGCCAGCAAGGUGGACGUUUCAGACACAUCUUGA